UUCAAUAGAAACUGAAAGGUCAUAUCAGGUCUGCUUAGAAUCAAAAGUGAAAGUGAAGUACUGUGGUAUUCCCCUAUUGUGUUUACAGUAUAAUAUUGCACUGAGGUAUUCAUUUUCAAGCAAUUCAUUUUCACUCUUCGCUGAAAUUUUGAACAUGCGGGUAUCUCAUUGCUCAUUUCUGUAUAUCUAAGAGAACUGGGGCCAUGAAGCUUAUAAAGUGUCCUGGUUGCCGUCGUUCACGGAUGAAAAAGCUGGACGGUCAGCGCGUGGUCUGCAGGUCAUGUUCUAAAGCAAAGCGGCGCGUGUUUCAGUUCUGCUGGGCUUGUCAGAGAGAGUGGCCCCGCGAGGCUUCGAGCAAUGACUCCUGCAUACUGCCAAACUGUGCGCUCCGUGCCGUACUCCUCAGCACAAAACAGAUAAGUGACCUUCAAAGCUCAGUGAGAGGAUGCCCGUACUUUAGGGCCUGUCCAAAAUGCAAGGCCCUACUCACUCAUGAUGGUGAUGGAUGCCCUAAUAUCGUUUGUCCCCAGUGCAAAGAAGAGUUCUGUUUCCGCUGCAUGCGCCCAGAGUGCUACGACGACUAUGAUGAUUAUGAAACUGACUUUGAUGACAGUGAUUAUGACAUUGAGAUACAGAAAUGUGUGAUCAAGAAUAACACUGAGAUUCUUCAAGAACUCGAACUGUAGUGGACCUGUGAAUCAGUCAAUCUUUAAAUCUAUCUUUUUAGAGAGAUGUGCAGAAAUCAGCAGAACCAUAAAAAAUAUGAAUAAAUUCUGAAAGUGCUGUUACAUGUGAUUCAGAGUUUAUUUCUGUCUCUUAUGAUACAUUUCUUUUAUGAUCAAAAA